AUUUGUUAAUCCGAAAGGAAAAGAAAAAACAGAGCAGUUCCGAGAUGAGAGAGAGUCCGAACCUCCAAAUCUACCUCUCUUCCUCUUGUCUGUUUUUUUGCUUUCUUCUUCAGUAGUUUAGGCUUUAAGUCGGGAGCCAGCCUAGAAAAGGAAGGAGAGGAGCAGCAUUCGAGGUAGUGCUAUGAUUUUGCACGUCCCACCACUUCAGAUCCUUCCUUCAAUCCAACUCCAGCUCCAGCUCUCCAUCCCUUUCUGCGAGCUGAAACCGUGGAAGUAGAAGUUGCCGUGUGCUAAAAAUCCCAUCUUUCUCGUUCCUGGUUUGAGAAAUCAGAUCUUUAUCGUACUGUUAUUCUCAAAAAUCAAUCUUUGGCUCGCCUUCCUUUUUCUGGUUGUAAUCCGUCAAUUAUUACUUGGCCCACACGAGCACCUCUCUAUUCUGCUGCUGCUUCCGGUAAUACUAAGCCAUGGCGGAAGUACUCCGGUCCCCUUCCCACUUCCCUUCCUCUCCAAGUCGCCCCCUUUCUCGCGGCCCGAAUGAUGGCUCCAGCGGCCUUUUAAGUCCUUGCAAUGGGAUCGAAGAGUGUGAGGGAGAGGAGGAAAGAGGCAGCGGCGGCGGCGAGAUAGAGACGAAAAGGGGGAGGAGGAGAAGGAGGUGGGGAGUCGGAGGAGGAGAGGGAGGAGGGACGGAGGUCGAAGAAGAGGAGGAGGAGGAGGAGGAGCAGCAGCUGUCGGUGUUGGCGUUCUUCUUGACGGUGUUCCGAAAGUCGCUGCUUGGUUGCAAGACGGAGGGCGCCGGCGGCGGGGAUUUCAACUCCAUGGAGAUUGGGUGGCCCACCGGAGUGCGCCACGUUGCCCACGUCACCUUCGACCGCUUCCAUGGAUUCCUUGGCCUCCCCGUCGAGUUCGAGCCGGAAGUUCCUCGCAGAGCCCCAAGCGCAAGUACAACUGUCUUUGGUGUUUCUACUGAAUCCAUGCAAUGUUCAUACGAUGCGAGAGGCAAUAGUGUUCCAACCAUCCUCUUGCUGAUGCAACGGCGUCUCUACGAGCAAGGUGGCCUUCGGGCUGAAGGAAUCUUCAGAAUUAAUGCUGAGAACAGUCAAGAGGAGUUUGUCAGGGACCAGCUAAAUAAUGGAAUAGUUCCAGAGGGUGUCGAUGUCCAUUGUUUAGCAGGUUUAAUAAAGGCCUGGUUUAGAGAGCUUCCUACUGGAUUGCUGGACUCACUAUCAUCUGAGCAGGUGAUGCAAUGCCAAACCGAAGAAGAUUGUGCCCGAAUUGCUAGAUUGAUACCACCAACAGAGGCUGCUCUACUGGAUUGGGCAAUCAAUUUGAUGGUCGAUGUCGUCCAAGAAGAACAGAUAAACAAGAUGAAUGCGCGCAACAUUGCCACGGUUUUUGCUCCAAAUAUGACUCAGAUGGCAGAUCCUUUGACUGCGCUGAUGCACGCGGUGCAUGUGAUGAACUUCUUGAGGAUGCUAAUCUUGAAGACACUGAAAGAGAGACAAGAACCGAGUUUAGAUGAUGCUUCUCCUUCAAAUGCAGAUGGUCCAUCUGAUGAGAAUGGUCACACGAGCCCUACGUUCCAUCUCGAGUCAUGCAGUAAGGAAGCGACUGAGCAUGCGGUCGAUGAUCCAGCUUUCGAAACUCCUCGAGUUCCUGAUGAAAAACCAACAGAAGAUGAAUCAGCUGAAAGUCCUCAAACUUCACAUAAUGAUACUAAAACCAAAGCGAUGGCAUUGAAUCCCACACAACCCGGUGGUUCGUGUUGCGAACAAGAAUUGUGUGCCAAUGUAACUGGCACACUUCAUGCAAGUUCACAUUGGAGAAAGGCUAGCCGAUGUAACAGUCACAAUCACAGGAUCAAAGGAAGAAAGGCAAAAGGGCAAUCGACCAGCAGAGCUUCGUGGCCAUCAGAGAAGUCGAAGGGGACGAGCGCCAUCGUCGUGAGUCGUAUAAACUCGAAGGUGGAGCGCAUAGAGGCAUGGAGGUGAAAAUCAGUUACCUUUUGGGAUCUCUAACUUGUGAUUUGAUAGUAGGUGUGUGAUGAAUUGCUGUGUGUGUGUAUUGUGUUUCUUACUAUUUCUGAUGUCUGAUGACUUCAAAGUUUGGGGGGAAGAUGAGUGUUUAUUCUCUCGUCGUCAUCGAGUUUUAGCAAGAUAUGAGAUUGCUACUUUGUUUUGGUCAUUAAUUUUAUGUUGGCUUUGUGUCGAAUCGAGUUCAAAA